AGCUCAAGGAUUUCGCGUGACAGCGGCGCGGUGGCGGUGGUGGUGGUGCGUGGUGGCGUGCGCGUGGGACCUGUGGAAGCAUUGCCAGCGAGACGGGGAGAGGGAGAUGAGGGAGAGGGAGGGGGAAAGGAGAGGGAAGAGAAGGAGAGGGCUCAGGGGGGCUGGGAGGAAGAGAGGCAGUGUGUGGCGAGGUGUGGCGGCUGGAGCACGUCUGUGAGAGCCGAGCGGGGCCGGAGUGUCAGUCAGUGCUGCUCACUCCUUCCCUUCUUCCAGUCACGAGGGUCAAGACAGAGGGAGGGAACUUUUUGUCCUGUUGUUGCCUGUCAUCUUCCUCCCGCUUCCCGUCUCGCAAAGAUGGUGGCGUUGGACGGGGAAAAACUCAAACAACAAAGUUACAUCCUGCUGGGGAAGCUUAUACGUACCAAGGACCCGGCACGCCUGCAGGAGGGACGUCAUGCAGUGGACAGUAAACUCAACAAGGUUCUUACCACCCUCGACCUCACCUCCCUGGGCGUGGGCUCUUGCGUGGGGACCGGCAUGUAUCUGGUGGCAGGCAUGGUGGCCAAGACGAUAGCCGGGCCAGGUGUGAUCCUCUCCUUCACUAUAGCUGCCAUUGCGUCUAUCUUCUCAGGAGUGUGCUAUGCUGAGUUUGGUGUCCGCGUGCCCAACACAUCUGGGGGCGCCUACGUGUACAGCUAUGUGACGGUGGGCGAGCUGAUGGCCUUCAUAAUCGGAUGGAACAUGGUGCUGGAGGAGCUGAUAGGCACCUCGGCGUGUGCUUGUGCCCUCAGUGCCUGCUUCGAUGCCAUCUUCAACGGCGCCAUCUCUUCCUCCAUGAAAAGCUCCUUUGGGGCUCCGUUUGGAGAACCACCGGACCUGCUGGCAUUCUUCCUGACGGUGCUGAUGGGCGGGGUGCUGGUGGCUGGGGUGCGCAAGUCCGUCCUUUUCAACAACGCUCUCAACGUAGUCAACUUCGUCGUGUGGAUCUUCAUCAUGAUCGCUGGCUCCUUCUACGCUGACACAAGCAACUGGACUCAGAAUGGAGGGUUCCUGCCGAAGGGGUGGCCUGGGGUGCUGACGGGAGCGGCCACCUGCUUCUACGCCUUCAUCGGUUUUGACAUCAUCGCUACCACGGGGGAGGAGGCGAUCAACGCACGGAAGUCCAUCCCUUACUCCAUCGUCUACUCCCUGGUCAUCAUUCUUAUCGCUUAUGUCAGCUCCUCGGCAAUCAUCACGCUAAUGGCGCCGUAUGACCAGCUGGACGAGGACUCUGCCCUGGUGAAAGUGUUUGACCAGGUCGGGGCCCACAAAUGCAAGAACUUCGUGGCCAUAGGAGCGCUGGCUGGCCUCACCGUGUCUAUGUUUGGCUCCAUGUUCUCCCUGCCCAGGAUUGUUUACGCCAUGGCCAAGGACGGGCUUGUGUUUAAGAGUCUAAGUAACGUAUGGGACGUGACGGGCACCCCAGCAGUAGCCACGAUUGUUUUUGGCCUCGGCGCUGCCUUUGCUGCCAUGUUCAUCUCCCUCACUGUCCUGGUCGAGAUGAUGUCCAUUGGCACACUGCUGGCCUACACCCUCGUCUCAACUUGCGUCCUGAUACUUCGCUACCAGCCUCACUCCACCACUCUCCUUGAAAUGUUACCAGAGAGUAUUAGAACCCCCUCGCUGGCACCCCCCUUCCUGGCUCCCCCACCCGCUCCCCCACCAACGACUUGUAUUAAGGUGAUGCGCUCCUCCCCUGACUCUGACGACACCGGCAACACAGAGGAGGGCAGCGAAUCAUGGCGCCGCGAGGAUGACUACAUGGUGAGCGACAGAUACGAGAACAGGUACUACGGUUCUGUGCCCGCCGCCCCCCGCGUCCCCAGGUGGUACGACAGGUACCUGGAGAUGGUGCAACAAAGGUUCCCCACACUGUUUCCCUGGGUGGAGGAGGGACCCUGCACCGAGGACAGCGGCAGGCAGGUCAUGAAGCUUGUGGGGCUGCUUUAUGUGAACGUGCUGGUGUUUGACAUCAUCCUCGUGGUGUGCAUUGGGGAGCUGGAGGGUCACUCGCCUCUCGCCUCCUUCUUCUCCAUCGUCUUCUUCUUCUCCAUCAUCUACAUCCUGCUCCUCAUCUCCCGGAAGCCGCAGAACAGACGUUCCCUGCCCUUCCUCGCUCCUGGCCUGCCGUGGGUACCUGCCGUGGCUAUCAUCAUUAAUGUCUACCUGAUCUUCAAGCUGUCCAUCCUGACUCUCAUCCGCUUCGUGUUGUGGAUGACGAUUGGCUUUAUCAUCUAUUUCUACUACGGGAUCAAGAAGAGCGUAGUGGGGCUUGGUACCGAAGGAGACAUUGAGCUUCACAUCACCUCGAAGCAGUCCACGCAGCCAGGCACCACCACCACCCCCUACAGCCCACACCCUCUCCCCCAACACCGCCGCCCUCCCGCAGAAUCAAGCUAACGUCCCCACCAGCAGCACCACCACCCCUGAUCUCUUCGCCCCCCUUCCAAUACCACUGCUGAGGGUGUGAAUGAGGGAGGGCCCAUGUACGUGUCCCCUAACCCCAACAACCCAUUCCGUUAGUGUGUGUGUGUGUGUGUGUGUGUGUGUGCGUGUGUGCGUGUGUGGAGUUAUGGGAUGGCCAGAGUUUUUCUUUUCUUUUUCUUCCAGAGCCACUCAGUCGUCUCUCUCUCUCUCUCUCUCUCUCUCUCUCUCUCUCUCUCUCUCUCUCUCUCUCUCUCUCUCUCUCUCUCUUUUAACCAGUGUAUAAACAAUCUGCUGAAACCUUAAACGAACACUGAAUACAGUUUCAAAUACCAUUAAGGAAUUGAACACUAUAGAAAAUUAUCCAGCAUCGUUGAAUGGGGUUUUCAGUACUACAAAGACCCUUGAUACUGAUCCACAUAAAGGCUUCAUUGGUACUAAAUGGUACUCGAUACCAUUCAAUAGAGGUUUCAAUGCCACUAACAAGAAAGUCGUACCAAUAACUAAGAUUCCAGUAUCACUAAUUCAGCACCAUUUACUAAGAGAUUUCAACAGAGUAUAGAUUUUAAGUUCAAUAAGGAUUCCAACACUACUAAAGAGAAUCCGAUGCCAUUUAAUAAGGGAUUCCAAUUCGAUAAGGGAGCUGAGUAGUGUUCUGUAAGGUAUUCAGCAGUGCAAUGACGUGGGCGGCUGCUGUCACAACCCUCUGGCCAUCCCGCUCCUUGCUGCUAUAACUCCUAAGGACCUUCGUGUUAUCUUGUCCAAUGUUUGUAUAUCCAUGUGUUUACUUGGGCGGAGCAAGUGAUUGGGAUUAUGCUGGUGUGGAAGUGGAGGAGGAGGAGGAGGAGGUGAAGAAGUGGAGAUGAAGUUGAUGAGUGAGGUAGAGGGUAGAGAAAAGGAGAUGAUGAUGAGGAAGUGGUGAAGAAGAGAGGAGAGAGCCAAAGGGUAGAGAGAAUGAGGAGGAAGAGGAGGAGGAGAUUAAAUAGAAGAGUGAUAGAGAUUAUGCAGAGGAGGAGGAGGUGAUGCAGUAGAGUGAAGGAAGAGGGACAAAAAGGAGGAGAUGAGGCAGAAGAAUGAGAUAAACAAAAUAAAGAGAUAAACAAGAAAAGGAGGAAGGAAGAUAGAAAAGCGAGGGAGUCGGGAAGAAAUGAGUGAGAGAGUAACAUAAAGAAGAGAUGAUGAGAGUGACGGCAAGAGAAGAGGGUCAUGAUGAUGGGAGAAGAGAGCGAGAAAAUAGAGAUCAGAAGAUGAGGAAAGGCAGGGGGGAGAGGAAAUGAGAUGCCAGAAAAAAAAAAGAAAAAAAAAAGAUGUAUAGGAAGAAA